GGACACAUUUGCCUCUCCCUCCCUCUCCAGACCUGCAGCUGAGUUCACUUGCUGUUCGUUUAGUUUAGAGUCUGUUUGUUUCUCUGGUGACGGUUGAGACCAAUUCAACACCAGUCACAUGUCUUCUUUAAACUUAUAAUUCUUUAUAAAGCGUCAGUUGAUCCAGACGAUGCCCCGGCCGGGUCUGCGCUGCCCGGGCUGCGGCUCCUCCAACAUCAUCGACGAUGACCUGCACUGUCAGACCCAGCUGGUGUGCGUGGACUGCGGGGCGGUGGUGUCCGAGGGGUCGCUGGUCAAUGAUGUGGUCGGAGGAGCAGAUGUCAGCUACAGCCAAACCACAGCCGUGGCCAGAAAACCAUGUCCAAACCUGCUAUACGGUGUACAGCGUGUGAGAGCAAUAUGUCGGACUCUAAGGGUCAACCAUGAAAUCGAGACUCUCUCACAGACCAAUUUCACACAGGCCUAUCAGCAUGAACAUUUCAUCAACGUGAGCCUCCAGAGGAAGGAAGUUCUCGCUGGCUGCUGUGUGCUUGUUAGCUGCAGACUGCUGAACUGGCCCAUCACCAUGGGAACCAUCAGCUGCCUGCUGGAUGCCGACCCAAUGGUGGUGGGAGCAAUUUAUAAAGAAAUGGUCCAGACUCUCAACAUCACAGCUCCGACAAUAAACAUCACUGAUGUAAUGGAGGCCCACAGUCAGGAGUAUAAAAUUAGCCCUCUUCACGCUCCUGAAGAAUUGGCCGCAGACCCUAAGCAGUUGAACAAGCGAGCAGUGGCUCUUGUGGAGCUGGCAGCGGAUACCUGGAUCGUUACUGGCCGUCAGCCCGUCCCCAUCAUGAUGUCGGCAAUCUAUUUGAGUUGGCAGUCGCUGAAACCCACCAAGCAACGGCUGAAACUCACUCUGGAAAAAUUCUGUAAGAUUGCCAAAGUGAAUAAGCACAAGGUUGCCUUGAAGAGAGUAACUGAGAUGAAGGAGGUGCUGUGUAAGCUGGGCAAGGAACUCCCCUGGAUCAGGGAGGACGUGACUCCAGAGAACGUGGUUAAACAUGUGGAGGAUAUUCUGCAGCACAGGUUCGCCCUGCUAAGGAGGGCUCUGAGAACCCAUGAGGAAACUCGGCUGGAGGAGGGUCGGACCAGCUGUGAGGACUCUGUAAAUGAGAAGAGCGCUCCAUCUGAAAUCCCAAAUUCCUCCUCUGUGAAACGAUGCGAAGUAAGAUCUGAUAUGUCCGAGCAACCAGGAGACGCAGAUGAUAAUCCAUGCACGGCGCCUGAGCCCCUCGGAGGCACUCAGGGGAACCAAGAGCCAAACUGGGGGAAGAGAGCGCUGUUUGCUCCCCCGUGUGUGGUUCACCCCAAGAAGAGGAGAGCGCCACAUCCAGAGUCCAAAGAAGUGACUGGUGAUGAAGAAAUCUGCGACAUUGAAAUUGACUCAUACAUUCGCACGCCUCGAGAAGUGAGAGACUUCGCCCGAAUGCAGGAGAUGUUGUCUGAAAAAGAGACCAAUGCAAAUGAAACUCAUUGAUAUUUUGUUAAUAAAAUGUUGCUGCAACGUU